AUGAGUUGGUUCGCUCCGCGUUGGGCCACGCUGGAGCAAGCUCUUGUGUCUGCCGGCACCCACAGCAGCACCAACACCACACCAGAUGUGUGCCGGCCUGCACUUUCACACCCGUUGCUCUCUCUUCCUGGUUGGCGGUCAGGGCGGCAGAUAGAGCCUCCAUGGCGAGUCGCCCAUCACUCCGUCCAGGCCGGCAGCGCACACGGGCACGUGGAGAGCGGCCUCUGCGCCGGGCGCCGUCGCCGCUGCCGCCACGUUUCACCUCCUCUCACUGCUCAGCCACGCACCGACGUUGGUGGUGACUACAUUCGCCUUCCCAUGGCGCACCGUCGCAUGCGCCGCCCUCGCUUCUGCUCCCCUUCCUGGGCCUCCACUUUCUCUGUCUCUUUGUCUUGCUUCUUGUGGGUCGUGAUAGCUUGGGCACCAGCCCCCAGCGUUUCUUCCCCGGUGAGGAAAGCAGCAGCAACACCAGGGCCACCAAGCGCCUACCAGCACCAGCGUCGCACGUAG